AUGCAGUGUAGCCAACAAACAACCGCGGCACUACCUCUUGUAUCAUGGACUUCUCUCGAACUCUCGAGACACAUAAGGCAGCUCACUAUGAAAGUCCUGGUGGGAGUGAAGAGAGUAGUCGACUACGCUGUCAGGGUGCGGGUGAAACCAGACAAAACAGGAGUUAUCACGGAUAAUGUUCAACACAGUAUGAAUCCAUUCGAUGAGAUCGCCUUGGAAGAAGCCGUUAAGAUGAAGGAGAAAAAGCUAGCCAAAGAAGUUGUGGCUGUGUCAAUGGGAGGCCUUAAAUGUCAAGAAGUUCUACGAAAUGCUCUGGCUAAAGGUGCUGAUAAAGCCAUUCAUAUAGAGAUUCCUGAUGCCGAUGUGCCAAAAGUGGAACCUCUGCACGUAGCGAAAGCACUCCAGAAAAUCGUUGAGAAAGAUAAAUUUGACGUGGUUUUCCUGGGAAAACAGGCAAUUGACGAUGAUGCUUCUCAAACCGCGCCACUUCUUGCUGGAUUGCUAGACUGGCCACAGGCUCUAUUCGCUAGCAAGGUCGAGAAGGAAGGUGAGGGACACCUGAAGGUGACUAGAGAAAUUGAUGGAGGCUUGGACAUCGUUAAGGUAAAAUUGCCCGCUGUUUUAUCAGCGGAUCUUCGCUUAAAUGAGCCUCGCUAUGCUACCUUGCCCAAUAUCAUGAAAGCCAAGAAAAAACCUAUGGAGAAGAUGACCGUCAAUGAUCUAGGAGUGGAUCUCACACCACAGACGAAGACUCUGGAGGUGGCUGAUCCUCCUGUUCGUAAAGCUGGAGGAUUUGUUGAAGAUGUCCCUGCUUUGAUCGCAAAGCUCAAGGAAAAAGGACUGAUCAAGCAUUGA